CCCACGUGUCUGCCUAUGCCACUUCCGUUACUUUCUUUAUUCCACUUGAAAUACUCUCCAACCCCAACCCCCAAAGCUACAUUCUUCUCUCUCGCCUUUCCCAUUUUGAUUUUUCCCAUAGCGAACCGACGUCACAUUCGCCAUAUUUUCCGGUCAAUCAUCGCCGGAAAUCUGAUGCUUCCGUCAUCUAAACCUUUUUCAUCUCACUCAACUAAGCCACUAAAAAGCACUGAGUCGGAUCGGCAGAAUUCGUUCAAAUCGUUUCUUCAGUCACCUCUCUCGCUCCACAGCCCUCGCUCAUGGCUUCUGAUCUCAUUCCUCUCCCUCCAGAUAAUUCUCUUCUUAAUACUUCGUUCCAUCUCCGUUUCUUUCACCGCUCGGCACGUCGCCGAACAACGUAUCACUACAACAGCCUCCGAUAUGCAGGACACUAUCAAGCUUACGCAGUAUCAGCCGCAACAAGAGCAUCAACGGCCACAAGAACAACCUAGGUCCGAUAUUUCGGUCACAAUUUCGAUGCACACCGAACAAUGCAGCUCCGGGAGAAUCUUCGUGUACGAUUUACCAAAGCUUUUUAACCUAGAAUUGUUACAAAAUUGUCAUGAAUUAAGUCCAUGGGGCUCUCGCUGUGACAUGCUGAUAAAUGAGGGUUUUGGUCGAACUGCAACUGACUUAAAUGGCGUCGUACCGGCCAAUUUGAUUCCUGCCUGGCACUGGACUGACCAAUUUGUAUCGGAGAUUAUUUUUCACAGCAGGCUAUUAAACCAUAAGUGCAGAACCUUAGAGCCGGAAUCUGCUACGGCGUUCUAUAUACCUUUCUACGCUGGACUCGCGGUGGGGAAAUACUUGUGGUCGUAUUCAAAAGCCCAGGAACGUGACUAUCACUGCGAUAUGAUGCUGCGUUGGGUAAGAGAUCAACCGUACUUUAACCGAUCAAACGGCUGGGAUCAUUUCCUCACCAUGGGGAGAAUCUCGUGGGAUUUUAGACGGUCUAAAGACGAGGAGUGGGGCUCCGGUUGCAUUUACAUGCCAGGUAUGAGAAACGUUACUCGCCUUCUGAUUGAACGAAAUCCGUGGGACUAUUUCGAUGUCGGCAUACCUUACCCCACGGGUUUCCACCCUAGAUCCGACUCGGAUAUUUUGCAGUGGCAGGACUUCGCUCGCAAUCGGAACCGUUCAACUCUCUUCUGCUUCGCCGGGGCGACACGUGGCAAAAUCAAGAAUGACUUCCGGAGGCAGUUAUUGAGUCAUUGUAAGGAGGAGUCUGCGUAUUGUAAAGUCGUGAAUUGUGCAGGAACGCGUUGCUCAAACGGCACCUCGGCGAUUCUUGAAACGUUUCUUGACUCGGAUUUUUGUCUGCAACCGAGAGGUGAUAGCUUCACCCGCAGGUCAAUUUUUGAUUGCAUGGUGGCCGGUUCGAUCCCGGUUUUUUUCUGGAAGCGAUCGGCUUAUUAUCAAUACCAGUGGUUUUUGCCUGAUGAGCCAGGGAGUUAUUCGAUUUUUAUAGACCGUAACGCCGUGAAAAACGGGACGACGUCGAUAAGAUCAGUGUUGACAAGUUAUAGUAAGGAAGAGGUGAAGAAAAUGAGGAAUAAAGUGAUCGAUUAUAUACCGAAGUUUGUGUAUGCAAAACCCCUUGAAGGUUUAGAGAAUAUAAAAGAUGCUUUUGAUGUCGCCAUUGAUGGAAUAUUGAGGAGGUUCAAGGAGCAAGAAGAGUGGGGAUACAAGUGGUAAUACAAGAAACUGCGAGGCUCGAACAGGGAGUUAAUAUAAUGGGCAAUGUUGUAUGAUGAAGAAAAAGCAUAUAGGUAGAAUUUUUGUGGGGAAGAAGCAGUUUAUAUGUAUUAUUAUUCUGUACAUUCUACAGAAAUUGUUUUACUGCAGUUGUAAUUCUUUGAUUGAUGACUCAAAAACUGGUGAUCAGUUGGCAGUGAGGCAGGCAGGCCAUUGGAACGACUUAAUGAGUGAAAGUGAUGAGGAAGGAGGAGACCACCAGCAGGGACCACGGCACUACCCCCACCAUCAUUUCUAGGCGUGGAGCCUUGGUGGCUGAAGAGGAUUUGAUGAUUAGACGGCCAUUUUUACUUGUAAUUUGUGCCAAUGAAUGGCGUUGGAAGUUAAGAAGAAGAUUUGAAGAUCUCCUUGAUGUUUCAGGAGAAGGCAAAGGAAGCAUGCAGCACAAGAUUACCAAGUUUUACCACAUACAUGAUUUAAAGGGAAAUUUUGUGUGUGAAAGAGGUAUUGAAAUUUUUACUUCUUUUCACAAAUUAUCUGGAAGUUAAAUGUGUCAUUUUAUGGAGCACAUGUAUAUAAAUGAAGUAAAUAUAUGCCUGGACUCAAUUGGGUAAAUUCGAAGUUUGAGGCUAACAUUUUUUGGUCGUGGGUUUGAACAAAUUAGACUUGGUUAAAUAGGCUUGAUUGAGAGGCCUAGCCAUAAUCAAUUACCCAUAAUCACCCAUUCGUAUAUACCAUGUUUGAAAGUUAAGUCCAAAGAUAAUUUUUUACAAAAUUCUUCUUGAAUUAAAGGUCUCAACCUGGAUUGAA